AUGGUUCACGCUCCCCAAGAGAUUGCCUGCCCUGCUCCUUUCGUUGGGGAGGAAAAGUUUCCAAAAAUGGGUGGAUACAUAGCUGGCCGUUGGUGUAGAGAAUUCUUAUUUGAGUCUAAUUCCGUAUCAUGCUGCCUGCCAUGUCCAGCUGCGGCUUUCCGGUUUUCCAAAGAAUUUACAAAGAAGUUGGAUCUCGCUAGCUGGUGCUCCGCUGCCAUCCUAUUUUUGUUUAUUUUAUUUGCCAUUACGUUCGUUGUCCUGCCACCGAAAGUGACCCAUCGUCACUAUCUCACCAGUUCGGCUGGUUUCGGGUUCGUGAUAUUCUCUAUGGCAUUUAUCGUCUCUCUCUCGCACUCUCCAGAGCAAUGCUAUGACGAUAUCACCCCCAAUGACAAUUACUCUGACACUAUGUGUGCUACCACUGGGAUAUUGCUCAUUUUGGGUAUCUGGAUAGUGGCUUUUACCUGUUUCUUUCGAGCAUUAUCAUUUCAUUUGCACGUUGUUUGGGAGAGGGGAAUCGGUCGCAAGUUCAUGUUUGUCUCAUUAGCAAGCAUUUCACUCUUUUCGACUGUCUUCAUUGUGCUGGAUAUUGCCGUCACUGGGGUCUCCUACCAACUGGGCAAUGUCUGUUACGUUAAUCCAAGUAAGAGCUUGGGAACAUUCUGGGUUCCACUUCUCACUCUCGCGGGGCUUAUUAUCAUACUUCAGUCAUGGACAUUAAUCUACUGUGUGCGAGUCGUUAUUCACCAGAUCUAUAAAGAUCGCGCGAAGAUAUUUCCGGGGGCCCCAAACUCAUCACCCCGGCAAGAUGGACAUCAUGAAUUACACGAUGCUUUCUUGCGGAUCAAAAAUAUUCUUGGUAUGCAAUGGCGUUCUAUUGCAAUAGUUCUUAUCGCACUUCUCCAUGUGGCACUCUUCUCCGGAGUUUUUCUCAGCGUGAAUAAGAUUUAUACCUCUCCAACUGAUAAAAUCAUCCCAUGGAUCAACUGCCUAUCGAAAUUUGGAGAUGAAAAGAUUUGCAGUAUGUAUAUCGCUGGGCUCAGUCCAAGUGAGCACCUCGUUGUGAGCGUAUUCUUCCUGUUUGCUUAUUUUAACGUGAAGUUAGAUAUGUGGAAUAUGGGGAAUCAUUUUGACCUUUCGUUCAUCCAUGAUUCAAGGUUGGAGGCAACUUCUGAAAUCCCAAUCAGGAAGAAAGGUCAAGAAUCAAAAUGGUUCCAACUCACAAAUAAUCAUGCUGCCAUUGGAAACUGUUCUAUCUGA